GACUUCUCAGGUGAGCUGCUGCGCAAAGUCUCGCGGGUGCAAGCGUUGAAGAGUUCUCACCCCCUGUCUGCUUGGGAGAGGGAGUGGUGCUUAUUGUCUCACAACUUCCUGGCGUUUUUCCCCUCGCGUGCUGACUUCGCCGUGCGACGGUGCCUUCUCGUGGCGGCGAUUCAGGAGCUUCGAAUGCAGCCAGAUCGCCGGACCUUGCGCCUAUCCCUCGCAGGUGAGAGCAAGGAGGAGCUCGUGCUGCGCACGCCUUCAGAGAGCAUCGAGACCUGGGCCGUCGAAAUCGG